AUGCGUCAUUUUCCCAUCUCAAAACACGGACUGGGUUAUAUCGGAGUACCAUUGUUCUUAUCAUUAUUAUCGUUCGCCUUUUCAGAAUAUUUAGCCUUCUUUUUUAUAUUUCUGACAAUAUUGGUAACAUAUUUUUUCCGUGACCCUAAAAGAUUAGUCCCCGAUAAUGAUUCUCUGGUACUCAGCCCAGCCGAUGGAGUCGUAACCUCAGUGGAAGUUGUAGAUUCACCUUUAGCAGAUGGAACAAGACUAAACAGAGUCUCAGUAUUUCUCAAUGUUCUAAACGUACACGUUAACCGCUCGCCGGUUACAGGAGUAGUCAAAUCUGUAAAAUAUAAACCUGGAGAAUUCCUCAACGCCUUGAAGGAGGAGUCCGUAGCCAGGAACGAAAUGAUACGCACCGUGUUUUUAUCACAAUACGGGAACUACACCCUCAUCACAGAACAGUUGGCCGGUCUAAUUGCAAAAAGAGCAGUUUGUGAUCUCCAACCAGGAGACGAAGUCAAAGUAGGCUCGAGGAUGGGAAUGAUUAAGUUCGGGAGCAGAGUGAACACAUACUUUCCACUCGACGUAAAGCCUUUAGUAGUCAAAGGCCAGCCAGUGUCAGCAGGACAAACACUCUUCGCAUACCUAGAUCCAAAACUAUCAGAAGGAUCUCAAAACUUCAAAUACGACAAGAUUUAA